GCUAAUCUUGUUAAGCCAUAUGUACAACAGCGUUACACAAUCAUAAGUUUAAUACAUGAAUGACACAUGUAUUUUCAUUAUGUAUUUGACACCGCCAAACAAAAACGUAAUGUGUAUUGUAUAAUAUCGAGUUUAUGAUUUUGUUUGUAGUUUGAUUUACUACACAUGCUAAACGGGGGUGGGCGGUUCAAUUGCGAUGAACCUAACAUUUAAAAAGCCCCGCCUGUCUGGCUAGUUACACAUGACUUUAUCGAACACACUUCCGGAUGUUGAGCCGACAGAAGGUAAAGCAUAAGGUCGCGUGAGUCCAGUCGUACGAUAAAGACAAAUCUAUUCAUUCAAUAAAACUGGUGACAAUUUUCUUGUAACACAUGAUUUUGUGUAUUUUUUACAAGUGCUUCUUUCUUCGUUAGUCAUUAUAAUCAAACAUCUUUUAGCAGAAUUGCGCGUUUCAUCUCCGACACGAUCAGCUCCACCUUAAGAAAGCGAUGUCAGCUUUCUUGCAGUUUUUUUGCAUUGACGUCAACCGCAUACGGCACAAAACAGAGGCUUUCUUCAUCUCUGCUGUGCUGGAGUGAGAAUAUGGACCGAUAGCCUGACACUGGUUUUAGAUCUGAAGCCAAUCUGACCGCGACAGCUGCUGUUCUAUCCCCGGUCACCUCGAGGAAGACACGUCGUAGGAAACCCGCAACGCAGCCACCGUUGCCCAGAGUGCGGCCUAGGCAGGAGCCAGCGACCGCUACGUCCGGCACCAUGAUGGAGGGGGGCAUGCAGCUGCUCAACCGCGACGGCCACAGCAUCUCGCACAACUCGAAGCGACACUACCACGACUCGUUCGUGUCCAUGAACCGGAUGCGACAGCGCGGCCUGCUGUGUGACAUCGUGCUCCACGUCUCCAACAAAGAAAUCAAGGCGCACAAAGUGGUGCUGGCGUCCUGCAGCCCGUACUUCCACGCCAUGUUCACCAAUGAGAUGUCAGAAAGUCGCCAGACCCACGUGACCCUUCAUGAUAUCGACCCUCAAGCUUUGGACCAGCUGGUCCAGUACGCCUACACCGCUGAGAUUGUGGUCGGGGAGGGCAACGUGCAGACGCUGCUCCCAGCUGCAAGCCUGCUGCAGCUCAACGGGGUGCGAGACGCCUGCUGCAAGUUUCUCCUCAGUCAGCUGGACCCGUCCAACUGCCUGGGCAUCCGAGGCUUCGCCGACACGCACUCGUGCAGCGACCUGCUCAAGUCGGCACACAAGUACGUCCUGCAGCACUUCGUGGAGGUGUCCAAGACAGAGGAGUUCAUGCUGCUGCCCCUGAAACAGGUCCUGGAUCUGAUCUCCAGCGAUAACCUCAACGUGCCAUCUGAGGAGGAGGUGUACCGCGCGGUGCUGAGCUGGGUGAAGCACGACAUAGACGGACGCAGGCAACACGUCCCCUGGCUGAUGAAGUGCGUGCGACUGCCGCUGCUGAGGCGCGACUUCCUGAUGAGCAACGUGGACACGGAGCUGCUGGUGCGUCAUCACUCGGAGUGCAAGGACCUGCUGAUCGAGGCCCUCAAGUACCACCUGAUGCCGGAGCAGAGGGGCGUCCUGAGCAACAGCCGGACGCGCCCGCGGCGCUGUGAAGGGGCGAGCCCAGUGCUCUUCGCCGUAGGCGGAGGCAGUCUGUUCGCCAUCCAUGGAGACUGUGAGGCCUACGACACCAGGACGGACCGCUGGCACAUGGUGGCGUCCAUGUCCACCCGGCGGGCACGGGUGGGCGUGGCCGCCAUAGGCAACAGGCUCUACGCCGUCGGAGGGUACGAUGGCACCUCAGACCUUGCGACGGUGGAGUCCUACGACCCCAUCACUAACUCCUGGCAGCCUGAGGUUUCCAUGGGAACACGGCGAAGCUGCUUGGGUGUGGCGGUCCUGCAUGGCCUACUGUAUGCAGCCGGAGGUUACGACGGAGCUUCCUGCCUUAACAGUGCGGAGCGGUACGACCCCCUCACCAGUACCUGGACCUCGAUCGCUGCUAUGAGCACGCGCAGGAGAUACGUCAGGGUAGCAACUCUAGAUGGUAGCUUGUAUGCAGUGGGAGGUUACGACAGCUCCUCGCAUCUCGCAACAGUGGAAAAAUAUGACCCACAGAGCAACACUUGGACGGCCAUCGCCAACAUGCUGAGUCGGCGCAGCAGCGCCGGGGUGGCCGUGCUGGACGGCCUGCUGUACGUCGCAGGAGGCAACGACGGCACCAGCUGCUUGAAUUCAGUGGAACGGUUCAACCCAAAGACGAACACGUGGGAGGGAGUGGCCCCCAUGAACAUACGCAGGAGCACUCAUGACCUGGUGGCUAUGGACGGAUGGCUGUAUGCAGUGGGAGGCAACGACGGCAGCUCCAGCCUCAACUCCAUCGAGAAGUACAACCCACGGAGCAACAAGUGGGUGGCGGCGUCGUGCAUGUUCACGCGGCGCAGCAGCGUCGGCGUGGCCGUGCUGGAGCUGCUCAACUUCCCGCCACCCUCCUCGCCCACGCUCUCCGUCUCCUCCACCAGCCUUUGACACGGGGUCACCGCCUGGCUGACACCAGCUCCCGCUGCUACGGCCCAGACUGGCUCUGGGAAGAGACGCAACUGCUCGGUGUGAGGAGCGGAGCGGAGAGGUAAAAGCCCGAGGAGGAGGAACAGCGCGACUGGGUUGAUUCAUUUACAGUUCCGUCGAGAAUUAAUGGCACCUUUGGACCAGUAGGGACUUCACAAACCUUUAAUUUUAAAGUGCAGGUUCAAUAUGCAGCAGCCUGAGUCCGAAAUGUUCCACAAUCAACCAAUUAUCAUGAAAGAUCAAUUAAAAGACUGCAUCUUUGCUUAAAGCACUACUAAUAUUUAUUUAUCUUCUGCCUCAUCGUCUCUGGACCAAGUCUGCCAUUAAUUCUGCGCUAUUCUGAUCUGAAUGCCUGAAAUGCCACUGUACAGCUCCCACUCCCAAGAAGACCACAAACACAUUUCCUGGAACAAAUCUAUGUGAACGCCGACCAGCCCUUUUCCCCCCGUGCUCCAGAUCAUAAGGUGUGGUGGACACUUAAUUCUGCCAUGUGUGACGUAAAUGUAUUCGCUUGUUGUCUGUCAGCAAGAUGUUUAUUUUGAUGCCAGGCUUUUAUUGCAAUAAUGUAUAAAAAAAAGAAAGAAUGAGUUUACUUUAGGAAUGUAGCUUUGACUGGUUAAACCAUGCAUGUUUACAUAUCCGCACCGACUCCCAAGCGGAGGAUAAAAUGCUGUAGUGCUGCUGUGUCACACUAGGUGGCAUUAACUGGCAACGUUACAAACCUUUCCUCCCUCAGAGAGAGCAUGGACACAGAACAUAGAGACGCUGGGCCCUCAGAACUGUAAAUGGGUUUGGACCCUUGUUUUAUAAAAACUCAAUGAUCUUAAAUACAUGUAUUUAUAAAAUCUAAUAUAUUCUGUUAAGAGAAGGAAGAAGAGCAGACCCUAUUUAAGAGUAUUUUUAAUAUAUUUAUUUAGGUGUGAGCUGUGCAUAGCGUUAUUGGUGAUGACAGAGAGAUUGUCAGAUCGUUAUGCAGGAAGAUGUUCAGUUCUGUUUGGUUAAGAAGUCUUGUAUUUCAAUAAGCUGAGUUUUUAUUUGCAUUUCUUCAUAGUCCUUCACUGCCACACACACGUCACAUGACACUGAACCUUAAAAACCUACUGUACAGACAUGGGUCAAAGUGUUGGUACCCUUUCACAAUAAAUGUCCCCAUAUCGGAUAAUAAAAAAACGCAGCAUUCUCUCAAGUCUUUUUAUAUAUUUUUUGGUUUUAACUUGUAACAACAAUCUAAACAAUAGUCUACUCGUAUCACUAAUUUCUGAGUACCGGCAGUAUUUUUUUUUUUUUGUGAUAAGGCUUUUUUUUUGCUCAUACUGUAACAAACCCAGGGUGAUUUCAACACUUGCAUUGAGAAUCCUUUCAACGAAGUGCGAGGGUGCCAACACUUUCCGCUCCGUCUCUGUCGACAAGUGAAGGGAUCCGUAAUGUCUUUAAUUGAACUUUAUUCUCAGACACAGAGAGACAUGUUGUUCCUGGACACACGCCAGCUCGGAGCAGGACAGUUGUUUACAUACAGUUGACCACUUCACACUAAUGUGUAACGUUGUGGGGACUCGGUGCUGUCAUAUUCUCGUGUCCUGUUAUAUUACCUCGCUGUGAAACUAGAAACAAUCGAUACUUCAUCUAUAUUUAACCAUAAAUGUGGCCUGUUGUGACUUGGGAACCUGCAUUAGAUUCACUUUGUUACUUCCUGACUUUGUAAAGGUUCAGUUCAUGUGUAGUGCAGUGAUAACAUUCCAAACUUCUGGGAAGUUGCUUUUCUUUUCCUUAUUUUGAAGGAUUUUGUUGAUCCACUUCGCUACCUUACUUUUCAUUUCUAUGUCAGUGUGGACCCAGUAGAAUAGGUGAUGGUCUUUUGGAGAUGUUCUGUAAACCCGGUGAGUAAGAGAAGAACUUUAUGAGGAUGGUGCACAAAACCAAAUAAGUCUCUGGCCUCCAUUUUGCUGUAAAUAGAAGGAUUUCUCGACCUCUCUUAAAUCCAUUUGUGCAAUUUCAACGUAACUGUAGCUUCUUUUGUUUGUGUUUGCUGUGGUAAUAAUUAUUUAUGAUAUGUUGUUUAUUUAUGAAGAACUUUAAAACAUUGAAUUUUGCACUAUUGCGAAAUGGAGCAAUACUAUACACCGAAAAAAUAAAAUAAAGAUGUUUCCAGAUGUG